CUUUGUGUGGAGGGGUUGUAAAAAACGCCACGGUUGGCCGGGUGCUGUCACCCUCACCCCAUUCGGGCCCUAACAGCACCCUGGACCGCAGCUGCUCUUGGUCCCUGGAGGCUCCUAACGGCCAAAGGCUGCACCUGCAUUUGGAGAGAAUGGUGUUGGGCCCGACAGACAGGCUGGUCUUAUGGAGCGGCCUUGAUGCAGGUUCGGUGGUCCUGUUUGAUUCCGGGCGUGGCGGUCCCAUCCCCUUUGAAGGAGUGAUCAGCGAAGGUCCGGCUGUUCGGGUCCAGUUUAUAACAGACCAACCUAACAGUCACAACACUGGAUUCAAUAUACGCUAUGAAGCAUUUGAGAAGGGCCACUGCUACGAGCCGUACAUCCAAAAUGGAAACUUUAGCACGACUGACCCGAUUUACGGCGUGGGGACGGUGGUGCAGUUCACCUGUGACCCCGGGCACUCGCUGGAGCAGGGGCCGCCCGUCAUCGAGUGCAUCAACACACGAGACCCCUACUGGAACGACACGGAGCCCCUCUGCAAAGGUAGAGGAUUACAUUACCCUACAUGCUACACAACACACAUCACUGCUGAUGAAAAUUCUCACAUGUCGGCCAGCUCGGCCUGA